GUUCAACAACAAAACUUGAAUUUUUAAACUUGAUAAUAAGAAAUGCAAACAUCUUCCUUAAACAAUGCUUCAAAUUCCCUACAAAUUUUGAUGUUUGUACUUCGCACAGAAAAAAGUGGCGCAAAGGAGUAUUAACACAAACAAACAUCGUGCACACAAACAGCAGAAAAUUGGUAAGAAUGCGAGAUAAAAAAUUCAUUGACCAUCCCAGGCAAUGCCAGUUUUGGUCUAAAGCCGGUAUUGCAUUAACAUCAUUCCAUUUCAACGUCAUUGAUCCAGAAUCCGAGAGAACAUUCCCUUUCAUGUGUAGUUCGAGUAAAACUAAAAUUUAGUCUUAUUUUCGUUGUUGAAAGCGAAGCUUGCACCUGUUUUAGAACCGCAUUUCAGUGAGAACGAAAGAAAUGCAAUCGUCGUCAAUAAAACUGGUUGAAAGGGUUGCAGUUCUGUUGUUUGUUCUGCUUAUGGCAACAUCACAUUUGCCUUGUAUUGAAAUGAGCAGCGAUGAUGAUGGAACACUUGAAGAAAACGGGCGUGUUGUCUACGACCAGCGUCAAAGCGGCAAAUACAAUAUACAUGUGGUGAUUAAGGAUGUGGCUAUUAUUGAAAUGGGUCAAAAUGAAUUCCAAGACAAUAGCUAUAGCGAUGAGGAUUACUAUUACGAUGAAAAUGAUUUGACUGUUAGGCCAAUAACUCUUAAUCCUCCAACGGCAGCCAUGACUACAACAAAACUUUCGACAACAAGCACUGUGAACAAGGAGAAUAAUUUUACUGCGCUAAGUGUGGAUGGAGUGACCGGAAAUUCUUCAAGACCGCACAUCGAACAAAAUACCUCAGCUUCUUUUAAUAAAAUCCAAGAACAUGACGAGACAACAAUAAAUUCAAAUGUUCUGUGGAAUACAUUAACAUCAUUGAUUUCUGGAAAACCUUUAGCCGAUAAUGAAGUAACCACUUUAAAGCCUGACAUGUAUCCAACAAGUAAAACUACUGUGCCGAAUAUUGAGGUGAAACCACGUAGUAAAAUUGAGCCAAUUUUUGCUCAGGACGAUUCGCCAAAAUUUAGAGAUGAUGCUAUACCCUUAAGAAAUUCUAAAAUAUAUAAAUUAAAAAUACACAGGUCCCAUCAACCCUUUGCCCGCCCAUCGAAGAAAUCACAAGCAAGACGUUGUCGUUCCAAUCAAUCCAAAAAUGUCAAUGGCCAUUGUGGCAAUAAGAGAUCAACUUCUGGAUCCCUAUUGCAUCGUCUCUUCAGCAUGUUGGUAAACUUACCGGUAGUAAGCGGCGGGGAGCAAGAACAACAACAACAACAACACUAUGAUGACUAAAUUGAAAUAAUAUUUAAUUCAAUUUUUAAUUAUAAUAUUUU